AUGACUUCCGGCGGAAAUUCAAUCGAAUCCUCCGCCGUAACGACGGAGGAUAAGAUGUUCUUCUGUUACCAAUGCAAUCAAACCAUCACAAUCUCGAUUUCUUCAUCAGCUGAUCCUUUUUGCCCUCUUUGCAACGAAGGUUUUCUCGAAGAAUACACCGAACCUAACCCUAACCCUAAUCCAAGCCCUAAUCUGAUCUUCCCUAUGUCAGAUCCAAUCUCAGCUCGUUUCCCUUUUAUCCCAGUCAUGGACUUCACGAAUCUGAGCUCGAUGGAGUCACAGUCUACACAGGAGCCUCCUGAUGCUUUCGAUCCGGUUAGAUUUAUCCAGAACCAUCUUCAACAACUGCAAUCAAAUGGUAUCAACGUUCAAUUUUUGUUCGAGAAUCAACUCUCGGAUCAAGCUAAUCCGUUACCAGGAAAUCAUGGUGAUUACUUCUUUGGUCGUGGUCUUGAGGAUCUGAUUCAACAACUAGCUGAAGAUGAUCCGAAUCGAUAUGGAACUCCUCCAGCUUCGAAAUCCGCCAUUGAUGCGUUACCAAUUGUGAAAGUGACGAAAGAUAUGUUGUUGAAAUCGGAAAUGAAUCAAUGUGCUGUUUGUAUGGAUGAGUUUGAAGAUGGUAUUGAAGCUAAGGAGAUGCCUUGUAAACAUGUGUACCAUCAUGAUUGUUUGCUUCCAUGGCUACAGCUGCAUAACUCUUGUCCUGUUUGUCGACAUGAGUUACCUACGGAUGAUCCUGAUUACGAGAACAGGGCUCGUGAAGGUCAGACGAGCGGAGAUGGGCAGGGAUCAGGUGAGAGUCAACAGACACCGAGGAGGUUUAGUAUAUCGUUCCCAUGGCCAUUUAGAAGACAGGAUGAUGCAAAUUCGGAUUCUGGAAGUGGUUCUGAUAUGGAUACUAGACAAGACGAAUUGGAUUGA